CUUUGUUUGAUAACAAUUGAUAUUUAAUAUUUAUUGGUGUAUCAAUGUUUAAAGGAAUUUGUCGAGAGACACAUAACGGAAAUAUGGUUACUAAAAUUUUGAAAAUACCUAAAUUUUUUACGUGUAUUAGAAACUUUAGUAGUGAAAAUGUGUUAGUGGAAGUAAAUAAUAAAACAAACACGGCUAUAUUGAGAUUGAGUAGACCACCUGUAAACGGUUUGAAUUUAGAAGUUCUAAAUGAGUUUGAAAGUUUAUUGAGCCAGUUAGAACAGCAGAAAGUUAAUGGAGUUAUUAUCACAUCUAACAAAGAAGGUAUAUUAACCGGAGGCAUCGAUAUAGCCGAGUUGCAAACUAUCGACCAAAGAAGAUUAAAAAAAUAUUGGACGACUUUCAGAGACACAUUCUUAAAACUUUACAAUACACCCCUGUUGACAGUUGCCGUUAUAAAUGGUCAUUCCCCAGCUGGUGGUUGUUUAUUUUCCACAGCUUGUGACUACAGAGUGAUGACAAGAAAUUACAAUAUCGGAGGAAAUGAAACUCAAUUAGGAUUAGUCGCUCCUAUAUGGUUUAUGGAUAGAGUUGCAGAUCUCAUAGGACAUCGUCAAGCGGAAUUGGCCUUCACCCAAGGCAAACUCUUUUCGACAGAUGAGGCCCAUAAACUAGGUUUAAUAGAUGAAAUUGUUGAAAAUACAGCUGAAGGCCUGAGCAAGGCUCAAAUUAUAAUUAACUCUUUCGCUAAUGUUCCGAAAAAAGCACGAGAAAUCAGUAAGAGGUUCACCAGGCAGCAAUUUUUGGAUAAGAUGAUUAGAGAUACUGACGAUGAUAUUAGACACUUUGUUAAUCAUAUUGGAAGUAACGAAACUCAAAAAAUAAUAGAACAAUACAUGCAAAAAUUGAAAAGUAAGAGGUUCUAAAAGUCCCGACGGGAUUACAAACAAGUAAAGUUAGAUAUUUUUAUGGAUUCUGUGAAUUUUUAGUUGUAUACAUUUUUAUAUUUGAAUUUAUUUUGUCAGAAAUAUUCUAAUAAAAAGACUGAUGGCA